CAAUAACAAUACUUUUAGUCAUAUAUGAGAGUGUGAAAAUAAAACAAAUUGAAAAUUGUAAAACUACAGAUGUAAAAUAAAUGUAAAUUUAAAAAAAAGUCUGUGGAAAACUUUUAACUGUAACGAAAAAUCGAUUAUUUAUUAUCUAGCAAGCUUUUGGAACUCAACAAAACAUGUCUGAAUCUUAUGAUUAUUUAUUUAAAUUUUUAAUUAUUGGAUCUGCUGGCAGUGGAAAGAGCUGCAUUUUGCACCAUUUCAUCGAAAAUAAAUUUAAAGACGACAGUUCCCAUACCAUUGGUGUAGAAUUUGGUUCACGUAUUGUUAAUGUGGGUGGAAAAUCGGUAAAAUUACAAAUAUGGGAUACUGCUGGCCAGGAACGUUUUCGCUCAGUAACUCGAUCCUAUUAUCGAGGUGCUGCAGGAGCUCUACUUGUGUAUGACACAACAUCGCGUGAUUCGUUUAAUGCCCUUACCAAUUGGCUAAACGAUGCACGUACUUUGGCCAGUCCCAACAUUGUAAUAUUACUGGUGGGCAAUAAAAAGGAUUUGGAGGAGGCCAGAGAAAUCACAUUUUUGGAGGCAAGCACUUUUGCCCAAGAAAAUGAGCUGAUAUUUCUUGAAACCAGCGCCAAAACUGGAGAAAAUGUGGAAGAGGCCUUCUUAAAGUGUUCGAAAACCAUAUUAGCCAAAAUAGAAACCGGCGAACUGGAUCCCGAGCGCAUUGGCAGUGGCAUUCAAUAUGGAGGUGCUGCCUUGAAAAAUCUUCAACAGACACGGCAACGAAGCAUUAAUAAGCCUGAUUGCGGAUGUCGCGUAUAAAUAUAGUAGCAGCAGCAGCAAAACGUUUGUUGUUUAUCGUCUAUUUGUGUUUUAUAUAAAACGAAUUAUUUAUAUGCAUAUAUAUUCAAAAAUUUUUAUUAAUACUUAACCCAUUACAUAACACUUUUGUGUGAAUCUCGUUUCAAACUUAAGUCGGUCGAUUUUUCUGUAUAAUUCAUUCCAUCUGUUUUGUCCCUUUUUCAUUUUUUUUGUAGUACCUUGCCCUACUUUUUUCCUAUGCUAAAAGGUUGUUUUUUUAGUAUUUUUAAAAUUUUUGUUGAUGUUUUUAAUUUAGUAUUUUUUUUUUAAGUUUACCCAAAUGGUCGGCGUUAUGAUGAACAAAAAUUUUAUCUACAAUAUGUUGAAAAUCUUAUUCUUAUUUUUUAAGCAUUUCUAUUUGUAUAUAAGACCAAUGAGAAAUAAAGUAGAACAUAAAUUAUUUACAAUAGUAGCUAAGGCAAA